AUGCCAAUCAACGGGAAUUUCCGUCGUACGUUCUCGUUUCUCAGAAAGACUUUCUUUGAAUUGAAUUUGUUCAAUAAUGGUUCACAAGAUGAAUUUGUUAUACGAAAUCAACGUCGAUCCACUCGUUUGUAUCUAUUUCUUUUGAUAACAUCGUUACUCUUUAUAGGAACCUAUUAUUCUAUAAUAACAAAAUCCGAAACGGUGAUUAUGAAAUCUCCUUCGUUCGAACAAUACUCUUCAAUAUCGACAGAAACAUCUUUACAAUGUUUUUGUAGAAAAAUUGCAAUAAAAUAUAAAGAAUUUAUUCAAAUAGUCCCAUACUACCACGAGUUGUGUACGAGUGAUUUGAUUUCUGAUGACUUCAUCACUGAAUUAUAUAAUACCUAUGUAGAAACAUGGAUUAAUUCUACUCAAAGUGAUUUUUAUAACAUUGCCGCAUUUCAAUUCAACACACUUCGCAGGUUAUGUGAACUAACUCGUGAAACGAUUGAAAACAAUCUUGAAAUCUUCUUACAAACUGAAUUCAUUCAUUCGCAAUUAAUUGCUCAAGAAUCAUUACAAAUUCAAAUCUCAUCAUUAUUAUCUGAUUUCAUUCAAUCAAUAUCAAAAGCUUUUCUAAGAACAUUAACUUUCAUUCAAAAUAUCACCGCACAAAAUCUAUUUAUGACAGGUGGAUCAGUUACAAGUGUUUCACCAACGUUGAAAACGGAUGACUACGAAGAAAAUCCCAUCGGUUAUCAAGGAAUAACUUAUCAUUUUCUGGAUAAUUCCUCAUGUACUUGUUCAAGUUCGACAAGCACGAUUUGUAUGGGUUUAACAACAAUUGAAAAUGAAACUCUAUCGGGUUUUCAAACAGGUUGUUACAUGUUCAGUGCACUUCUCAAAUCAACACUUGAAGUAUUCUAUGAUCAAACAUUUAUCGAUGAGCUGACAAAUUCAUCGAUAAAUUUUCAAAAAUUAAAUUCCUCUGUAUCAAAUCAGACAAUCGAACAAUUACUUGGGGAAAUGCUAACUAGGCAAUGGAAAAAAGAAACUUUUUUCGAUAGAUAUUAUUCACAAUGUUCGCCAGAUACGUGUCAAUAUACAAUUACAAAGAGAAACGAUUUUUUAUUUAUUCUAACUUCAUUGAUUGGAUUAUUCGGCGGAUUAUCUUCAGCAUAUCUUAUCAUUGCUCCGUUAGUUGUUAAUAAGUUUUGGGCAAUUAUGUUAACACUUCAGAAACGGAAAAAACCGGCUACAACGCCUUGGAUUCACACUGCCAAUAAUCCAACUUCUAUUCCUGGUCGUCUAAGAAACAUUAUUCGAACAAUAAAGCAAUUAAUGGUCAAAUUAAAUUUAUUUAAUAGUAUUCCACCAUCUGAAGAUCAAGAUAUUGUUCGCCAACAACGUAUUAUUACAUGGAUUUACUUAAUAUUAUUAACAUCAAGUAUGAUCAUUAUCAUCACAUACAGUUCCAUUCAACCACAUACGGUGCAUUUUACAAAGAAUUCGCCUUCAUCUAAAGAUUUUAUUGAGCUUUAUGCCAAAUACCCAUUAACUCUCAGUUGUUCAUGUAGCAAUUCAGCUAUUGACCUUUAUUUUCUAGCGAAAUUGGUACCUGAAUAUCAUGAGAUAUGUUCGAGUCAAUUUGUUUCAUCUGAUUGGAUAAAUCUUCAAUUCAUUCGAUCGGAAAGCGAAAUGCUUUCUACAUCCGAUAUUCGCUCUCAUUUUGAAUAUUUUUUUCAAAUAAUAUCCACAUUAUGUCAAAUGUCCAUGCAAACAAUCGAAGAUUCUCUUCAAUCGCUUUAUCGAACGAAGUUUAUCACAACUCAAGCAUUAGAUGUUCAAUCCUUUGAAAUGCAAAUCAAUUUGAUCAUCGAACAAUUUCAACGAACAACACCCGAAUCAUUUCAACGUAUUUUAAAUUUACUGAAAACAACCUUUGACAUCAAUCAAUUCAUCGUCCCAACGAAUAGUUUAUUUCAAAUUGAUAUUGUAAGUUUUGCCAGAAUUUUCUUAAUACCAAAUGGGUUUCUUUGGAAGAGACCUGUGAACAAUUCAUUGCCGUCAAAUGUAACUUAUACAAAAGAAAAAUGUUUUUCAACAUCGUCAAUUGAGUGUUAUCAAAACAUAUUUCUCUAUGAAAAUGAGACACAAUUCACUAUACCUGGAAUGUAUCAAUCAUGGUUUCCUCUUCAUUCAAUUUUAAUGUCUACAUUGGAAUGUUUGUAUGAUGAAAUAUGCUUUGGGAAAAUCAAACGAAUAACCAAUUCAACCAGUAUAAUAUUAAAGAAUAUUUCAAUACUAAAAUCUUCCAAUAAUCAAUAUGAUCAAAUCGAUUCGUUAGCAAAUAAACUUUUUAUUCAAUCAUGGAUAAAUGAAAGUUAUUUCGGAUCGUAUUAUAAUCAAUGUAAUCCGUUGAUGUGUCAAUAUACGAUUGAAACACGAUUAAGUCUAAUUUAUAUAAUAACAACAAUCAUUGGACUUGUCGGAGGAAUUAAUCUUGUUUUACGUAUUUCAAUUCCAUUUCUAUUUCGAAUAGUCAAACAAAUUCGUAAUUCAUUUAUUCAUAGAAAAGAAACGUUUUCUACAAGAAGAAAAUUCUUUCAUCAUUUCUCCUCGAUAACUAAACAAAAUUUUCUUGAAUUAAACCUUUUCUCUACAAUUCCACCAUCAAAAGAUCCAAAGAUUCUUCGACGAAAUCGUCAUUUAACUCGAAUUUAUAUCAUUUUAUUAUUUUCCUCAUUUGUCAUCCUAAUUCUUUAUGGUUUGCUACGACAAGAGACCAUUCUAGUCAUUGUCGAAUCUCCUUCGGUAUCCAAAUACCAGCAAUUAGCUGAUGAAUAUCCUCUCACUUUGAAAUGUCCUUGUAGUCGCACAUCAAUCAAAUACAACAAAUUAAUUUCUCAACUCGAACCACAAUUUCACGAUGUUUGUUCGAGUAUUUUUGUUUCAUCGGAAUGGCUUAAGAAAAUAGAUUCAAGAAAGCGAGCACUUGCAUCCACUUUUUUCCACUUCUUGAUUGACUAUCGUUAUUUUCUUUUUAUACAGUUUCAAUCAUUGACAAAAUUAUGUACAUUAUCUCGCUCGACAGUAAAUACAUCAUUGACAUUAUUUCAACAAAAUGAUUUUGUCACAUCCAAUGUCAUUUCGUCUGAUGAAUUUCUUAUUCGCACAAAAGCGAUUUUAGAACAAUUCAAAAAGACAAUUGCGAUUCAAUUUAUCGAAACAAUCAAUUUGAUUCAAUUGACAUACCACGGAAAUCAACUUGCAAAUAUCUUUUCAUCCAACUGGCAGUUCUACGUAAAAUAUACACUUUCAGAUUUACGUCCCAUGCUUAAUCAUACGGUGGAUGUAUUAGCUGAACCAAAAGUAUAUAGCGACACUGGUUGUUCAUGCCAAAUUUACUCAAAUUGUUCAGUUGUAUCUUAUAUUAUUCUACUUAUAUACUCUUUCUCAGAUAAUCCACGUAUGCCAGGUUUUCGUAUAGGCUGUUUCUUUUUUGACGCACUGCUUCAAUCCAGUUUAGCCUGUCUCUACGAUAAACUUUGUCUGGGUCAAAUGCAAUCCUAUAUUGAUUAUUCAAAACCGAUCAAAACCAAUGUGCUUUCUUAUUCGUCAUUAACACCACCUAACACGACAAUUGAAACAUUACUUAAUCAACUUUUUGUUUCCCAAUGGAUUUACAAUGCUUCAUUCGAUCUAUAUUUUCAAGAAUGUGCUCCACAAUCAUGUGUAUACUCAUACACAUUACAACAUAAUAUAGUUUAUAUAGUCACGCUAUUAAUUGCUGUUUUUGGCGGCUUAACAAAUGGAUUACAUUUUCUUUUAUUCUAUGCAAAUGUGAUCUUAGUCAAAUUAACUGAUGGUAGAAAACAAAACAGUGUUGUACCGGAUCUACAGCAAAUAGGAGAGACUGUAAAUAAUGAAAAUAUGAAUACAAUUACAACAACAUCCGUGAAUGAUACUUCUGGUAUACGCGAACAUACUUCCCGAAAAAAGUACUUCAAGCGAAUAAUUCCGAUUGGCUCGAUACUUCUAAUACUUGGAACAGUGAUAUUAAUAUUUAUAUUUGUCAUUAGAAACGGUAAUAAGGAGGAAAAGUCGGUUUCUACAAGUACACAAUCAAUUGUUAUAAAUAACAAUGCAUCUGUGACAGAAACACCAGAUACUUAUUGUCAUAUGACUUUGAAUAAUCAAGCGAAAUUUUAUUCAACUGGUCUGAACCCAUCAUCAAUGGCUGUUGGAGAUUUUAAUCAGGAUUCAUUUAGUGAUUUAGCUGUAACUAAUUUGGGUUCAGAUACUUUGAGCAUUCUGUUAGGAAACCAAAAUGGAACAUUUCAAAGACAAAUUGUUUUCUCAACUGGAAAUGAGUCUCGUCCGAAAGAAAUCAAAGCGGCUGAUUUUAAUAAUGAUACAAUUCUAGAUUUAGUUGUCAUAUUAUCUGCAACAAGUGAAAUCGUUCUUUUCCUCGGCGUGUCAACGAAUGAUUUAUUUGUUUUACCACCUUAUGUCUUACCAAUUGAUAUGAAUGAUACAAUCGCAACUUCAAUUGAAGUUAGCGACUUAAAUAAUGAUGGAUCUUUUGAUUUAUGUAUUACUUAUCACGCCGAUAAUUCGACCGAUAAAAAUUCUUUAAGUAUUUAUCUCAACGACGGCGAUGGAUAUCAAUAUUAUAAUAUAUGCUCAGAUACUGACUGGUACAUAGAUAAUGUCAAUUUAAUGUUAAUAGCUGAUCUACAUCAUUCUGAUGAUAUUCAGUUAUACGUAAGUGGAGGUGAGAAUUUCAUAUUUGCUUUUCAUAUAAUGAACUACAACGAUGAAUGGACUUGCUCAUAUGCUAAGUCAUAUAUUGCGUAUGGAAAUGCAACGGCCGCCAUUGCUGGAAGAUUUAAUAAUGACACAGUUGAUGAUUUGGUGAUUCUUUCUCCGCAAUCAAAUAUAUUAGAUGCUUACACAACAGUUUUUCCUUGGCUGUAUGUUAACCAAAUUUAUGUAACAGAAGAUAAGCCAACAUCCGUUGCUCGAAUUAAUUUCAAUAAUGAUACAAUUGAUGAUGUCGCAGUUUUACAUUGUAACGGAACGUUGAGUAUAUUUGUUGCCGAAAGUACUAUUAGUCUUUUUGACCAAAAUUAUUUAACGUUCGUUUUCAAUAUAACGGAGAAUAAUGAAUGUGUUCAUUCAGUCAAUGUUCUCGAUUUGAAUCAAGACGGAAAAGAUGAUAUAAUUUUUAUUGAUCCAGCAGCAAAUGAAAUUAGAGUUGUAUUAGGGUCAUCUUGUAAUGAACAGUUAUGA